AGCAGUGCAGGCAGCAGCCCACAUCCCAGCGCAGCCUCCUGCGCCGCCGGCGGAGCCCCGGCCCGUUCUCCGCUGCAGCGUUUGGCCCCGGAGCGAGGUGCGACGCGCGGGACGCCGAGAGCAGAUGCCUGCACGUCCUCUGCCCCAGCCGCGCUGCGCAGCCGGGGCCCCGCUCGCUCAAACGUGGAUGGGAAAGGAGUUUCUCGCCGGCGUCCCUCGGAGGAAGGAUGAUUUGAGGCGUCGGGACGGCGCUGCUGAGAUCCACGUAGCCGUUCCCUACCUGCUCCCAGGCUAUUCGUCAUCUUUGACAGAGGCCAAAUUGCCACCAAUUUCAGAAAAAAUUCAAGCAUCCCACAGCAUUCCCGCUCGGGAGGGGCUCCUGGCUUGCUGGGACGAUGUUGUCUCGGCACACGUUGGUUCGGGUGGAUGUGGCCUUUGGGAACCACCUGGUCGGCUCAGCAUCCCUCCGGGAGCGGGGCAGGAACCUGGUGCCACCGUCAGCUCCUUCCUCCUGCACGUGCUGGGGCUGCAAGAGAGAAACGCCCCCCCCCACACCCCGUGCAGCCGCUUCGAAACGGCCUCUUCGCCGCGACGGGCAGUGCCGCUGCUCCACGCCGGCCCCUCUCGUCCGAGGGAGGAUGCUGCCUUCCAUCGAGGUGGGCUUACACUCGCAUUUCAACCGCUUCGCCCUUUGCCUGGCAGAACUCUGCACCUGAACUCGGCUCCUUCACCCCAUCUGCCUUUCCCCCGCUCCGUGCCCCCCCCAAAUCUGCCUCUUCUUCCUCUCUGUGCUGGGGAGCGCAGCCCUGCAGGGACGGUGCCGGCUCCCGAGUGUCACUUGUCCGAAAGUGAAGGCAGAGACCCGGCUGGUGCUCAGGGACAGGCUGGGACCUGCGGCCGCCAGUGCCCUGAGCACCGCUGCACGUUGGAAUCCUCGCUGGCUCGACGGCACGGCCACAUCCUGGCUCUUCUGGCUUUUCUCUUUGUUCCUUGAGCUCCAGCCCCGUUUUUCUUCCCACCUCGUCUCCUCUCAGCCGCCUUUGGCUCUCUUCGCUCUCUCCUCUUCCUCCCAACGAGGCUGAAGCUGUCCUGAUGGGAUGUCUCCCGUGGCAUGCAGUCUCUGAGUGGCCGUGGGGGUCCUGGACCACUGGUGCCACCGGUGCUCGUCUCCAGAGGCUGGGCUGGGCUGCGGCUCUGGUGUGCCGGGCUGGCAGGAGGGGGACAGGGAGGCCCCAGCUCUCGGCCGCGUCCUGGCCGUGCUCCUGCUUGAGGCAGGAAGGUGCCAAUGGCUCUGCCCCGGCGUCCCCAUGAAAUCUGCAGUCGAGCUCCUGGCGGUGCGAGGGCCUCGGUUCAAAGACAGAAUCUGGGAAAAGAAAACAAAACAAACCACAGAAAGCCCCAACGUUUUGCAGAUUUCUGCAAGGCACCAAAUUUGCGAGAGGGUCCUGCCGCUGUGACGCCAGGGGAGGGUCACCCCCAGCACGGAGCCCGGGCAGAGGGGUGGCUGCGCCUGCCGGUGGGGAUGGAGAAGCGGUGGAAGGUGCCGUGCCCUCGGGUGAGGCUGGGCCGGGCACGGGGCGACGCGGGGAGACACCCACCGUCACCCCCCGGCAGCGUCCCGGCCCCCUGCAGCCUCGGGAGAAGAGCCGGGGAAUGUCCCCUGUCCCUGCCUCGUCCGUGAUGCGAUGAAGCAGAGCGGGGUCCCGGCUGGUGACGCCUCUGCGGGGAGCGGGAUGUCCCUGCACGGGCUGGCUGUGCUGGUGAAGGCUCCUGGCUGCUCGUGUGGUAUCUCCAGCGCUCCACUUCCCAGCCAGCCGAGGCCCCGGAACCUCCCGCAGCCAGAAACUGGGCAAUCUCUGCUGCACACCCAUUUAUAAAAAUGGCCCAAACGAUCCCGACCGAUGAGCUCUGCGGUGCCAAGAGCAGGUUACCAGCGCUAAUCAUGACUAACUUUUUUUUUUUUUUUCUUUUUUGGGUUGGAUGUAGCCGCAAAGUCAUUCUUCUUACGAAAUUAAAAUGAUAAAAGGUUGCGUAUGUGGAAUUUUCAUUCUUUGAGGUUUUGAACUGCUGUGUAUUUUCUAUAUAUCAACCCUGGAGCAAAUCAAAUCCUCAAAUCAAUAAAACACUGCCUUGGUCAAUACCAUAUCAUAGCAUAAUUUAAAAAACAAAAAACAAAAAAAAAAAAAAAAAAAAAAACAAAAAAAAACCAAACCAAGCUUAAAGCAAAAGGAGCUCUUGCAGCUGAUAAUUUUGUGCAAAUUUUGAAAUUGUAUGGAACGCUUCCUUCCAUUUUGAGGCACGUUACUUCCUCCAGGCUCCUUCCUCCUGUGUAUUGCGACUCUUGUGUUUGCAGUGAUGGUUUUGCAUGCUGAGGAUCUGCUCUGUUGCUCUUUCUUGCAGCGGCCAGGAGAGGAGGGAUGCUCAGCCUGGGAGCACCGCAGCCCUCCCCGACGCCCCCUGCUCUCAUCAUCUCCCUUUAUGAUCUCGUUGUGUGUUUUAAGGCGUUAAACUGGUGUUUUUCUGUUCUUCCCUGCGGUGUGGGGUUGCUUCUGUUGUACAGGGGCUGCCGCUGCCUGGCGGGGGGUGUGCCCCUCACUGGCGGCCACUUUGGAAACUGGUGUGGAGACCUCGAGUGCCGGGCGUGAGGCCCGGGGACAGCUCAGCUCUCUUGGGGACAGCUCGGCUCUCUUGGGGGCAGCUCGGCUCUCUUGGGGACAGCUCGGCUCUGUUGGGGACAGCUCGGCUCUCUUGGGGACAGCUCGGCUCUGUUGGGGACAGCUCGGCUCUCUUGGGGGCAGCUCGGCUCUCUUGGGGACAGCUCAGCUCUGUUGGGAACAGCUCGGCUCUCUUGGGGACAGCUCGGCUCUCGUGGGGACAGCUUGGCUCUCUUGGGGACAGCUCGGCUCUCUUGGGGACAGCUCGGCUCUCUUGGGGACAGCUCAGCUCUCUUGGGGACAGUUCGGCUCUCUUGGGGACAGCUCGGCUCUGUUGGGGACAGCUCGGCUCUCUUGGGGACAGUUCAGCUCUCUUGGGGACAGCUUGGCUCUCUUGGGGACAGCUCGGCUCUGUUGGGGACAGCUCAGCUCU